AUGGCUGCAUGGACAGUUUUGAUAGCAGUUCUUCUCUCCUCAGCAGUACACGGUGUAAGGUCAGAUCUGAGCUCUGUGGUCAGUAAUAUAACUGGCUGGUCCUCAGCCUGGAUCAGACCAGUUAGAGACUGGAGUUCUGCACUGGAGCUGUUCCUGGACCUGCACGUCCUCAAGAUCCUGGACGUGAAUGAGAAAGAGGAGACGGUGAAACUCCACAUCCGACUGAACCAGAGAUGGAGGGAUGAGUUUAUGUGGUGGGAUCCAGCACAGUAUGGGGGUCUACCGCACUUCACUGUACCGUCCUCCAGAGUCUGGACCCCUGAUAUCUCCAUCAGAGAGGCUAUUGCUAUUCACCGUCAGCACUCUGAGGGCUAUGUGCGUGUUGAUUGGACGGGCUGGGUCAGCAGGGUGGAGGAUAUGGUGCUCACGCUGCACUGUGAUCUGGCCAUGCUCCUGUUCCCAUUCGACCAGCAGAAAUGCAACAUCACGCUCUACCCCCAGCUACACACAGAGCAGGACGUGUUGCUGUACGUGGACACCAGGAGGCGCUCUGAGUUUGACAGGAGAGGUCACGGUGAAUGGGAUUUAAUGGAAGUUAAAAUCUACACUUACAGUCAGAAACAGUACUCACACCUCAGCUUUCAGGUGGAGUUGGGUCGGUACAGUCUGUUCUACGUGCUGAAUCUGAUGGUACCGAGUGCGAUGGUGAUGCUGAUAGACGUGGCAGCGUUCGCUGUGCCGGUAAACUGUGCUGAGAGAAUACCGUUUAAGGUCACGCUGCUCUUCGGCUACACCGUCUUCCUCGUCCUCAUCACCGACAUACUGCCGCCCUUCAGAGACACCACGCCCGUGCUGGGUGUGUACCUGGUGGUGUGUCUGAUGCUGUUGUGUCUCAGUAUGGGGGAGAGUGUGUUGCUGUUGACGCUCGGACAGCCGGACUCCCACACACACUCCACCCCUCUGGAGAAGAUCAUACAGAGAGUAUCUCCACACCUCCUGCAGACAGAGGGCGCUAGUGAGCACCUCCGAGCACGGAGACGGUGGCUCAGGAGAGGUCUGAAGAGAUCAUUCGCACUGGGGCGUGGCUUGGAUAGGCUGUGUGGGCGUGGCUGUAUGAUUGACAGGUUAAGGGAGGAUGUGGAAGAUGUGAGCGAGGAGCUGAGGAAGCUGAACCUGGUGAACUCUCGGCGCAGUUCCAGACUGGACCUGAUGGAGGCGCUGGACCAGCUCUGCUUUAAAUUCUAUAUUUUCAUUCUGGCUGUUUUCACACUGGCUCUCACACUGCUGUGGACCCUCAGCAGAUAA